UCACAAAGAGGGCAUUUAUCUGUGACCCAGACUUUCUCUUCUAGGACACAGACUGAACGCAGCGAAAUCUGGUGCCAAGGUUUGGAGGUGACAUGGCCACAGGAGUCAUCAGGAACUUCCACAUCCAGGCCCAGACUCCAGCCUACUUCUCUACUUUCUUGCACUCUCCAUGCAGGAAGGAUGAUGGGUAUCAGAUGAGGGAGAAGCCACAGCAAAGAGAAGAUGAAGAAGAUCAAGAGGAAGAGGAGGAGGAUGAGGAGGAAGAAGAAUACUUAGAGGAGUUCAUUUUGAAUCCAGCUCAGAAUUCUCUGGAUGUGACCAAUCAGCUGCUGAGAUUCGCUGACCUCAUCAGUCACGAUGUCCAGAGGUACUUUGGCCGUUGCUCUGAAGAUCGAGAAGCUUGUGACAUAUAUGACGACUCUGUCUCUGUGGUUACCAGCGGCCGUCUGCGUUACUACGACGAUCUGUUGAGAAUCGCAGGUGUGGGAGCCCCAGAGGAGCAAGUGAACAGUCUAGUGGCUCCAAAAGACAGUCCAGCACCUAAUGUUUCAAAGGGCAGUGAUUUGGGGCCCCUGGCUGAAUUGUUCAACCGCAGGGGCCUGAGUCAGGUCAGUGGUCAGCCGAUGAUCAACAGGCACCUCCCGCUAAGUUUCUGGACUGAGCCGGUCCCUCACUGCCCUCUGGCCGACUUCAGCAGCACCCUUGAUGUCACACACACAAAUAGUAGUACACCUGGACAGGCCAACAGCGGCAGACAAAUGCACUACAACCCAUUAAUGCACCUCAGCAUCACCAGCGCUGAACCGGACUUCAGCGACCUGCUGGCAUACUGGGACCCAAACCCAGAGUUCACUCACACACUGAUGGAGGACACUCCGGCAGAAAUAAACAUACAGCCGCUGCCUGGAACUGACAUCUGAGCAGCUCAGGUCACAACCUUUGCAGCUGGUCAAUAAACAGGAAACAGCAGGAACAGGAAAAAAAGUAGUGUGUUUUCUUCUGUUUGUGGUCAGAGAUGGAAACGGUUUAAAAGCUUCAUGUUUGAGUUAGUGAAGAGACUCUAAACUGUUUUCAUGGGAUCAUUUCUCAAUUUUAAGACAAGUUUUUAUUUUAUUUUACUGGUUAUUUCAAAGCAACCAAUAAACCUCUCACUUGAUAGACAGUUGAACCUGCAUUUGUAAGCAUACUUGCUCCCUGUUGGCUUUUUCACCUUGAGAGUACAGCAGGGUCACUUGCAGAUGCAGAAAUCCUCUCUGUUGGGUGUGUCCACAGGUGUGAGCACACAUCUGGUACCAGUAUGUGCACUAGGGCUGAAAAAAAUAAUCAGAUUAAUCAAUUACUGAAAUAAUGGUCAACUAAUUUAGUAAUCGAAUAAUCGUUUACUGGCGUAAACACUAUAACAUGACAUUUGCUGAAAGAACAUCCCACUCAGAGCAGUAAUUAGGCAAAGAUGGUAGAGAAAAUCUAUACAUUUUGCAUUUAAGA